UUUCUGACGCGCGCUCGCGCCUUCCCUUCCACGCUCCCCUUUUAAACUCCAGCAACCGUGUUCGCCAUACCGCCACAUCCGCACCACCACCAGCUGCAGCAGCACCACGCAGACAUGCUGACCAUGGAGUCGGAUAUGAAAGGCGGCAUCCUGCAUGCAACCAUGCCGCCGCAUCACGCUUCCGCCGCUCUACACGGCCAUGCCGCUUCGCCCUAUAGCGCCCUCGGACCGCUCAUGAAUCUCGGCCAGUCGCACUUGGCGCAGUCACAUCUAACGCAGCAUCAUCAUCAUCACAUGGCCUCGCACUUGGCCAGUAGUGGCGGUGGCGGCGGCGGCGGUCAGCAAAGCGCACUUGUCGGCAAUGGGGGCAGCCUAUCUAGCAAUCCGCUUAGCUCACUCCAGUCUAGCAUGGCAAAUACGUUGAAUGGCAAUGGCGGAAGCUUACAGCAGCAUCAACAACAACAGCAACAACAGCAGCAGCAGCAACAGCAUGGCGGCUCACCGCUACACAGCUCACACAGCGACUUGAGUCCCACACAAUCGAGCAUUGGCAGCCAUCAUAUGACCUCGCCGGGUGGCGGUGGCGGCCAGCAAACACAUCAACACAGCGGCGCCGGUAGCGGUGGUCAUCAUCACAGCGGCAUGGGUGGCGGCACGCCUAUUGGCAGUCAAGGCGCUGGCGGUGCGCCAAUGGGUGGCAGUCACAAUGUGAAUAACAACAACUCAGCGACCGCCAAUAAAAAUCAACUAAAUGCGGAGCGCGUGAAACGUCCCAUGAACGCUUUCAUGGUGUGGUCGCGCGGUCAACGCCGCAAAAUGGCUUCGGAUAAUCCGAAAAUGCAUAACUCAGAGAUUUCAAAGCGCUUAGGCGCGCAAUGGAAGGAUUUGUCGGAGGCGGAAAAGCGCCCUUUCAUCGACGAGGCGAAACGCUUGCGCGCCGUGCACAUGAAGGAGCAUCCCGACUACAAGUAUCGCCCGCGUCGCAAGACAAAGACCCUAACCAAGUCGAAGGAGAAGUAUCCGCUGGGCGUUGGUUCACUGUUGCAGCCCACCGAAUCGAAUGCGCCCAACGUCGGGCGCAACUCAAGCGCCUCGUCGAUUUCGGCCGCUCAGCAAGCGGCCGCCGUCAAUCGUGAUAUGUAUCAGAUGAGCGCGCCAAAUGGUUACAUGCCCAACGGCUACAUGAUGCACGACCCCUCCGCUGCGGCGUAUCAAAGCCAACAUAGCGCCUACAUGGGCAACUACCAUCGCUACGAUAUGGGUCAAAUGCACCAGGCGGCCGCUGCGGCCGGUUCACUAAACUACAUGAGCCCGGCGGCGAGUAGCGGCUACAGCAUGUAUGGCACCGUUUCGGGCGGUCAGACCUCACCGUAUGCCAGCAUUCAGCAACCCGGCUCACCCUACAGCAAUGUCCAGCAACAGCCCGGCUCGCCGUAUGGCCUCGGUGGUGGCGGCGGCGGCGGCGGCGGUCAGCCUGGCUCACAAGUGUCCUGCCAAAGCCACAGCCCCAGCGAUUCCAGCAUUAAAUCCGAACCCGUGUCACCCAGUCCGAUGCACAGUCAAGCGCAACAAAACUCAGCUGCCGUACUCGCCGCCAACAACAACAACAAUCACAUAAUGAAGCGCGAAUAUGGCGCGACGCAGCAAACGUCUGAUCUGAAUCACCUGAUGAAUAUGUAUCAUUUACCGGAUGGCAUGCAGGCAUCAGCAGCUGCUGCAGCCGCCGCUGCGGAGCAUCAGCGCAAUCUGAUGCACUACCAGAAUAGCUCGCCAGAUUUGCAGCAACAACACGCGCAACAUCAGCAAUCGAUGCGCGCGAUGGCGCCACUCGCUCACAUGUGAGAAAUGGCCAGUG